CAUCUGUCCUUCUUGUUGUCUACUGUCGAUCUCAUAUUCCCAACUUGACUGAUCGCUACCUGCCACCAUGUUUGGAAGCCACAAACGAUCUCACACGCAUACUUCUCACCGACAGAAUCGGAUCCGCGGUCUGCGAAGUGCCAUCAACAAUCCUCGAACCACUCAUGCCGGAAGGACUGAAGCAAAGGCAGAAUUGCACGCGAUGGGUGCAACAGCCAAUAAGCCUUCCUUUGGCACUCGUGUCCGUCACCUCUUCGGUCUUCCAGGCAAGUCGCACCACCGUAACAAGCAUCACAGAGCAUAAUAGGGCCCAUGAGAAGCUCGCCAGAUGU